GCUAGCAUCUAGAUAUCACACCUACACAUUCACAUUUUAUUGGUUGCAAGAUGAGGACAAUGAUAGAUUUGGGAAGUGAUAGAGGUCCAAUCGGAAUGCAUCUAAUCACCACCGCAACUGCCGUUGACUGCAGCAGCAGGGAGGUUGGACUGCGCCGUUCUCUACGCUCCCUGCUAGACUGCAUUGUCCCAGCAUGUUGCGGUGCUGGAUUCGAAUCCGAGGCCGCAAACUUUUCCCCCGAUUCUUCUUCUUUAACUGCCUUUUCAAGUGAUACAGAUUCACCUUCUUCGUCGUCAUCAUCGUCUACCAAUAAUCGUUCGUUGUCAUCGUCAUCCACCACCGUAAAAGGUACAUUCUUCGGGCAAAGGAACGGUCGAGUAAGUUUUUGUCUCCAAGACGACAACCACCACCACAACCGCCGGACACCAUCAAGAAAAAUAACGACAACCACCACCUUGUCAUCAUUCUCACAGCCUCUUCUACUAUUAGAAUUCGCUGUCCCCACAUCUUACUUAGCAAAAGAGAUGCAGCACGGUCUCCUCCGCAUUGCUCUAGUGGAGGAAGACCGUACACACCGUCAGCAACCGCCAGUUAAUGCUGGCGGUUGCAUAUUCGAAGUACCGGUGUGGUCUAUGUAUUGUAACGGUCGAAAAGUUGGUUAUGCCACCAGACGUAAGAUGACCGCUGCUGACUCAGCAACUCUUACCCGUAUGCAAUCUGUCUCUGCCGGAGCCGGGGUUUUGCCACCUGAAAAUGAUCAUAGCUCCGAUGGAAUCAUGUAUCUCCGAGCAAGUUUCCGGCGAAUAAUUGGAUCGCCGAACUCAGAGUCAUUUCACAUGAUAAAUCCUGAGAACGAUGGACGAUCAUCUAAUUCUAAAAGUCAUAAUUCUGGGCAAGAGCUCAGUAUAUUUCUUCUGAGAUCAUCUUCUUGAUCCAAGAAGUAUUUUUGUAUCAAGUGUAUGUAUACUGUACGUAUAUGUGUGUGUCUAUAUAUAUGCCUUGAUCUAGCUAGUUCUUAGAUCAGAAUCCAAAACCAUAUUCCAGUUUUUAAGUUAUGAAACUCUGGAUUUUGUUGUAAUAUAUAUGCGAGGAAGACUAUUAAGCAUCCGUAUUACAUA